AUGUCUACAAUUUUUAAUUUUACAUCAUCUAAAUCACCUCCAUAUAAUAGUUAUAAUAAUAAUAAUAACAAUAAUAAUAAUAAUGACUCAAUGUUUAGAUAUAACCAAGGAAAUGAAAUUACAUCAAUAUUAUUUCUUUCGUUAAUAUCAGUAUUUGUUUUUAUCCUAUCUAUAACUUUAUUAAAUUUUAUUAAAUCAUUAUUACUAUAUAAUGAAUUAAAUGAAUUUAAAUAUAAAAUUAAAAAAUAUUUUUUAAAAUAUAUCGAAAAAAUAUUUUUUUGUUUUGGUAUUUUAGUUAUGUUGUGGUAUAUUGCAGAAUCACUAAACUUGAUCAAUUUAGUAGAGUCAAUAUUUGAUGAAAAUAUAUUAACAAGUAAAAUCAAAAUAAAUAAUAAUAAUGGCGAAUUAAUAAACAAACAGGUAGAUGAAAUUAUUAUUGCGACUACAACAACCAAAACAACCAAAGUUUCAAAAUUUGAAAAUGAUUACAUUUCAAUAGAAACAAAACUAAAUAAAAAUAAAUUCCUCAAUCUAUCAGUUCAAAUCAUCAUUACGCUAUUUAUAUACUAUUUCCAAACGCUAUACUAUUGGAUAUUCCAAUUAAUAAUUUUAAAUAAAACAUCAUUAUCAGACAAACACACCAAUAAUACCAAUAAACUAUUUAAUAUUAUUACACCAUUAAACCUAAUAAUAAACCACUACAAUAAAUCAUUUAGUAUUAUCAAUGAUAAAAAUUAUAGUUUGUCCAAUAGCAACAAUAACAAUAAUAAAAACAAUCCAAACAAUAUUAAAAAAUAUAUAUUUAAAUUUCAAAACGAAUAUAUUGAACCUAUGGUAGAAAGAAUGUUAGACUUGCCAUGGAUAACCAUACUUUUAAUACUAUUAAUUUCAUGGCUAUCAAUUAGAAUGUAUUUAGAAAACGUACCAAUUCAUUCACUUAGUGGCAAGUGGAGUUUAGAGAAUAUUUUAGAAAGUAUAACUUAUUGUACAAUAGGCUGCUUUAUAUCAUCACUUAUUAUAUUUUUAUAUUCAAUUUUGUUUUUAAAUUACAAUAAUAAAGUUUUAAAAGAUUCAAUAAAAAUAACUAGCAGUAAAGAUAGUAGCAAUAAAGAUGAUAAUGGUAGCAAAAAACCAAAUAAAAAGAAAAAACAAGUCUCUUCACCAAACAACAAUAAUAAUAAUAAUAAUAGUAAAACCACAUCCCCAAUUUUAAAUAAUAGUGACGAUGAAAAAGAAACAAUUGAUAAAAUCAACGCAACUCAUAAUAACAAAAAUGAACAAAAAGAAGACAGUGAAGAGAAAGAAGAAAGUAUAUCGUUUGAUUUCGCGGGAUUAAUAUAUAUUUUAAAAAUAAUAACCUUAGUUUGUGCAAUCAUUGGAAUAAUUUUAGUAAAUAUUGGUUUAAAUAAUAUCAAUAGCCAACAACUUUUAGCUAGAACAACAAUAUUUAGCACCAGUGAAUUAUCAAAUACCAACAAUAACUAUGACUCCUCAUUUGUACCAACUGUAGUUACUAAUUUAGAUGAAAAUCAAAAUAUUAUAACAAAUCUUAGUCCAAGCUCUCAAAAAAUUGAAGAUCUGCCACAAAUUUUAGAGCCACAAAUUUUAGAGCCACUAUCUAUUCCAUUAUUUCAGUUCCAACAACAACAACAAGAUCCCCAACAAAAUCAACAAGAAGACUCUAGGGAGAAUAUCCAAGAUGAACAAAAAGAGGAUAAAUUUGAAGAAAUACAUUCACAAACUGAAGCAUCUCCAGGUCAACCUCAAUCUGAACAACCACAAUAUGAUCAACAAAAAGAAGAAAAAGAAGAAAAAGAAAAUGUAUCAGGUAAAGAAAAUGAAAAAGAAGAAAAAGAAGAAAAAGAACAAACCAAAAAUGAGCAAAGAUCAGAGGCUGUUGAACCACAAGAGAUAUCAUUUGAGCAGUAUCAACAACAAGAGUAUCAAAAUAUGCAAAAUGAUAACUCUAAUAUAAAACAAUUAAAUCAUGAAGAUUUAGAAAAAGAUAACGAAAUCGAAUUUAGUGAUGAUACAAUUGACCAAGAAGAAGAAUCGUUAGAGGAAAAAAGAAAAUCCUUUAGUAAAUUUUUAGAAUCAAUAGACCCAGAAGAACUUGAUAUAAUUGAAAGUGAUUUAAAGGAUAGUUUUAAAAAAAUGCACAAAGACUCUAUAGAGCAAAUUAAACAAAACCCAGAAAAACAAGAACAACAACAGCCACAAUCACCACAACAACAUGAAAAAAGUAAACCACAACAUAAUUUAGAAGAACUUAAACCAACACAAGGUGACAAAAUGGAAUCAAUAUCAAAAGAAUCAUCAAUAAUUACCGAAAAUAUACCAAGAUCAUUAAAUGUUAAUAAUCAUGAAAUUUUCCAAAAUAAUAAUACAAUAAAUAGUAACAACACCACAAAGAAAACAGCAACCAAUAAUAAUAGCAGUAACCAAGGUGAUUUAGAUAUUUAUAAUUUUUUAGUUUCAAUGGUAAAUAGAACCACAAAAUCAUUCUAUGGAUGCUUCAAUAAUAGUUACAGAAACGGAAAUAUGGUAUUAAUCAAUAUAAUUCUAUUAUCAAUAAUAAUAUUCAUUUUAAAUCCUAUGUCAUUGACAGUAUUACCAUUAUUAGCUCAUUUAUCCAAUAUCAAUAAUUUAUGUGGUGACUAUUCAGAACCAUUCAAUUCAAAUAAUGAUAAUAAUAAUAGACAAAACAACAUUAAGAAAAAGGAGGAUAUAGUUAAUUUAAUCUCACCAAUUAAAAAUGAUUAA